AUGUCUUUUAGCGCACGGAUCAGUGGUGCGCCUCUCCCCCGCCUCUGCGCGCUCCUGGUGCCGCUCCUGGUGCUGGCGGUGUCUGUGAGCUGGGCUGCGGCUGAGGAGCAGGCCCAAGCCCCCACCAGCUCCCCAGUCACUCUCCGCACCGUCAUCACUGGGACUUGCCAUGAGAUCCAGCACUACGUAGAGUCCUUGGUGGGCACCAGCGUCGUGCGCUCUGUGGUCGAGAGUGCUGUGUUGUUGUUUGAGUCAGUGCUUGGGCAGGAGAACGUCUAUUCUGUGGCCAUGUUUCUGGAGACCGUGAUCCGCUUCCUGGCCGAAGGAGCUGCCAGCGGCCUUAACGUCAUCGCCGUUUACGUCACAGAAAUCCUCCGGGUCACAGGAUUCGAUGCCACCCUGACCCUCCCCCGCGUUACCCCAGAGGCUGUCACCGCCGUGGCCCAGUGGGGUCUGCUGAGCCUGAUAGGAUACUGGGUCCUGGCCAUUGUCCUGCGCCUGCUGGUCGGCGUGGUGAGGCAGCUCUUCUGGAUCAUCAAAACCGUCUUGGCGCUGUGGUUUUUUGGACUGAUCGUUCUGGACAAGACGGCGUCGGCAGACACCACGGCGGUGCGGCUCAGCGGGCUCGUGCUGGUCUGCGUGCUCCUGACCCUGCUCAGCUCUGGCUCUGAAAAGACCAGUGGUGUGGAGAAGCGCAUCAGCAGCCUGGAGGGCCGGCUGAGGGCUGUGGAGAAGAGCAAAGGGGACUAA